CGAAAUUCAAGGCCAAUUGAUAUGUUAAUCGGCGCAGGCCUAUUUUAUGAACUUUUACUUAUUGGCCAAAUUAAACUUGGCUUCAAUCGUCCCAUCUUACAAAAAACAGUUUUUGGUUGAAUCGUAUCUGGGCAUAUCGGUAGUCAAAGUAAAAGUGGACAGGUAGUUUAUAAUUUUUCUAAAAAUUUAGACAUUCAAAGUCAGUUGGCCAAGUUUUGGGAAAUAGAGGAAUUUCAUACAAAGAUCCAUUUUUCUAAAGAAAAAUUGCUUUGUGAAUAGCAUUUCAAAUUGAACACUAGACGCGAUGUUAAUGGUAGGUUCAUUGUUUCUAUUACGCUAAAAAAUUCUCUAGAAAAAUUGGGUGAAUCGAAAACACAAGCUGAAAGGCGUUUCUUAAAUUUGGAACGAAAAUUAUCCCGUGAUUCAUCUUAUAAAACUGAAUAUGUGAAAUUUAUCCAAGAAUACGAAGACCUAGAUCAUAAAUAUGCGAAAAGUCACACCACUUGAUACCCAAAACAUCAUAUUAAAUGCCACAUCAUCGUGUUUUUAAAGAGGAUAGUUUAACAACUAGGCUUCGAGUCGUUUUCGAUGGUAGUGCUUCGAUAUCAACUGGUGUUUCAAUGAAUGAUUUACAGAUGGUCGGACCAACUAUACAAAACGACUUACUAUCCAUUCUCUUACGUUUUCGAACUUAUAAUGUUGUUGUCUCUGCAGACAUCGCGAAAAUGUAUCGCCAAGUUCUCAUAAAUCACAAACAAUGUCCCUUGCAAAGAAUUUUGUGGCGAUAUAAUAGAUUCGUUCCUACCACGAUCAGAAACAGUUUCUUACGAUCAGGAUUCUGCGCAUUAAGUUAAAUUCGCUCCAACCAAAGUCUACGACGAUUCGCAAACAAACAGUUUUCUGUUCCAACGAAGUUUACAAACUGUUUGAAAACUAUCAGGACGGUUUGAGGAUUAUUCGCUUGCUAUUAAUUUGGCGCAGGUGCAUUAAUAUUCUCUAAUACAGCUGUUUAUAAUGGGUUUAUAACCUACAAAUAAAACAUUAAAUUUUUGUGCAUCAAAUUAAAAUGUGUGUUUUGGGUUUAUUGUUCUACUGUGAUUUUUAAAUCAAUAAAUUGAAUAUGAGUGAAGAAGAGUUUAGUGAGGUGAGCGAUUUAUCGUCAAUGAACAAUAGUGAUGACGAGGAUUUAGAAUUGUUGCUAGACGAACCGAGAAUAAAAAAUCAAAAUUAUUUGGAAGAAAUAGUACCACAGUAUCCUGAAGAAGUGUUCUUUGAACAUUUCAGGCUAAGGAGGGAAACUGCAACUCACAUAAGUAAUAGAUUUGAAACAAGCCCAUAUUUUAAUAGCCAAAUCGGACAGUAUGGAAAUAUAGCUGCUUUACAUCAGGUUCUAAUAUAUUUAUGGUAUAUGGGGCAUCAGACUAGCAGGUUUCGAGAUGUUGCUGAUAUAUUUGAUGUUACAAUAAGCUCCAUAAAUAGAAUUCUUCAUCGAGUUACCAUGUUUUUGAGCGAUCUUUCUCCACAAAUAAUACAGUGGCCAAAUGAGCAUGAAAAAAGAAUCAGCGAAGAACAUUUUCGAAUGAAUGGUUUUCCAAAUGUUAUCGGAGCUAUUGAUGGAACACAUAUCAAAUUAGAUAAACCUGAAAAUGACCCAGAUUCAUACUUAAAUCGUAAAGGUUACUAUUCUAUUCAGAUGCAGGCAGUUUGUGAUCACAGAAGAAAAAUACUACACAUUUUUAUUGGGUACCCUGGUUCCGUGCAUGACAGCCGAGUGUUUGGAAACCCUCCAUUAAAAAACAGCUUGGAAGAUAAGUGUGGACGAUAUUUUCUGUUAGGAGUGUGGCAAUUUUUCUACCCUAUGGAUAUUUUUUUUUUGCCUCAUAAAUGCACGGCAGCUUUUAGUCUGGUGAGCGUGGUGGUGGGCAGAUCAUCCCUCCCUUUUUAUACUUACUGAUUUCAUCUUUGG